AUUGUACAUUGGUACAUAUCAGAACAGCUUAUAGCUCUCUUGAUAAUACAUUUGAAAUAGACAUUUUUAUUUCAUGCUUUAAUCAAAAGAUUUGACAAUGUCAAAGUCAUUCGUCAUUUUGAUAUCAACCAUUGUCGUUGUGAUUUUGGUGAUUGGUGAAUCCCUUGCGGCGAAUGAGCCUCUUAUUCCAAAGGGAUGCGACUGUCUGUACACCCAAGAAUUUGACCCGGUGUGUGGCAAUAAUGGCGUCACUUAUCCCAAUCUGGCGAUACUCAAGUGCGCGGACAAGUGCGCCAAAUAUAAUAUCCAUCAAAUGCAUCAUGGACCUUGUAAGGCAUAAUCAGCUUCAAGAUAUUUUCUAACUAAGGAUAAGGAACCUCGAACGAAUAAUAUUAAUACUAACAUUAAAUGCUAACGUAUUGUAAAACAUAAAAUGUUAUCGUUUCAUUACAUAUCGUUACAUUAUUCAACCGAUAAUCUUUACAUAUUAUAUACAGUAUACGUGUAUUUAUUGGAAAUUAUAAGUUUAGAGACAAUUAAUUAUUCGAAGACGGUGUUCGUUUGAAUAAGAAUUGUGCAAUUGAUUAAGCAGAGUGUUGAGAUAAUCCUUAUUUGCUAUUUAGAUUUCAUCCAAUAUUUUAUAUCGAAAGAUUUUUGUAUUGAAAAU